UACAAGGAUUCUUUGAAGGUUAUAACGCAGUAGCUCUUAGUAAAUUAAGUUUUCGCCUUAAUAGAGCUUCCUCAGACAGAGAGACAAGAUCUCAGACUAAAAUUUUAUUUUUAAUUUAUAUUAAACGUAAAUUUGGACGUUGGACAUUAUAA